AAUCCUAGAUUGUUUGCUUCACAAGACGACUAACAGGAAACUUCAGCACGGCACGAUUAAACAAAUCAUGAACGACUUCAAUGUAUGCCGUAGAAGUGUUAGUUCACUUUGGCGUACAUGUCGUAACCAACUUAUGGAUGAGUCUGUUUUGGAUGCAAGUAACAACAGGAUUGGCAUCGUUGGUAGAAAAAGAGUGCAGUUAAAUUUGGAACAGAUAAAGACAGUUCCAUUCCACAGAAGAACAAACAUACGCUCACUGUCUGCAGCCAUACAAGUACCAAAAUCCACACUACAUAGGUGCAUACAACAAGGGCAACUGCAAAGCCACACAAAUGCUAUCAAACCUUUCCUCACAGAAAAGAACAAGUUGAAAAGAUGAAAAAUGGUUUGAAAUGUCCAAACCAUCAUUGAGAGUGUAUAAAACUGAAAGGGAGAGAGAGCCCCAUAGGACAGCUAAAAGUAAAGCUCACAUUCCCAAACUGAUGCACUUAUGUGCAGUAGGGAGGCCUAUCUUUGGUCCUGAAGGGGAAGUAAUUUGGGAUGGGAAAGUAGGCAUUUGGCCUCUAACAAUUCAAGUUCCAGCACAAAGGAGGAGUAAGAAUAGGGCUGCAGGAACUUUAGAGACCAAACCCAUACCUAGAAUCACAAAAGAGGUGUACAGAACACUCAUGAUUCAGCAAGUACUGCCAGCAAUAAAGGAGAAGGUACCAGAAGCCAUCACUAAACACAUCAUCAUACAGCAGGAUAAUGCAAAGCCACAUAUUGAUGUUAAUGACCCAGAGUUUGUGCAAGUAGCCAAUGCUGAUGGUUACAGCAUUGAGCUAACUUGUCAACCACCAAACUCACCAGACCUAAAUAUUUUAGACCUGGGGUUCUUUGCAUCAAUUCAGUCAUUACAACAUCAGACAUCAACAAGAAAUGUGGAUGAGUUGGUUCAACAUGUGGCUCAAGCAUAUGCCAAUUUAGAAGCUAAGAAACUAAACUAUGUUUGGAUUAGUUACCAGUUAGCAAUGACAGAGAUCAUGAAGGUACAAGGAGGAAAUAAUUACAAGUUGGCACACAUUGGAAAGGCAAGACUAGAAAGGGAAGGUGCACUGCCAAACCAACUUCAGGUAAGCACAAAACUGUAUCAGGCCAGUGUGUGUGCUUUACAGGGUGUUCCAGCUACUCAUGGGGAAGGGGAAGGGAGUGCAUCAGAAGCAGUGUAAUUAUGUUCAUCAUUUUGUUUUUUGGUUUUGAAAUAUGCUCAUCAUAUGCACUUAACUGGUUUUUUUUGUCAAAAGUGUGUAUGGGCAGUAUUUUGUAAGCAAACAUUUUUUGGGAUGAAUGUAUGUUUGUUCAUAUUCUUAAAACCUCCAAACACAUUACAUAUAGUGGGAGGCCACUCACAGUUACCUCCUACACUAAUCUGAAGUGGGUGACUUUAGGAAUACAGAUUAGGGUUCCAU